AUGGUGAGAGAUCAACGAUAUAGGAAGGGGAAACUCUUUUUCGUCCUGGUUCUUAGCCUUUUGGCCAUCGCCUGCCUGGCUGAUGUUUCCCAUGUGAAACAUCACAAGCACCAGCACAGGAAUCAUCAUCAUUCCAGGAAUCACGAGAACGAUGAGGAGGAUCAUUAUCAUCAUCAGGAAGAAAAGGAAGUGGAGCAACCCUACUACAAGAAGGAGAGGCACACCAGCGAAGUGGUUUACCACAAGGAGGAUGAGCACGAGGAGCCCAAGGAGCACCACGAGGAACACCACGAGGAACCGAAGAAGCAGCGGGUGGAUCACUACCAUCACUAUGACAAGAAACCGGAGGUGAAGACCCAGCACAUCCACUACAAGCACAGCAAACCUGCUUUUCGCACGGAUUACAAUAAUAGGGAUUUGUUUACCCCAGCUGCUACUCAGGUGGUCUAUCGUCGACGUCGUCCUAGUCGCAUCCUUUAUGCCAGUGCCCCCAAUUCGGUGUUCCAUACCCACACGCAGAUUAAUGUGCAAUCCCAGGACUCCGAGUUGAACUCUCUUACUAGACCUGAGUUAGCAGCUGGAGCUCAAGAUCCUUCAGGAGCUCAGGCGACUACGGGAGCUCGUCCUGCCAACUGCCAAUUUGGUCCUGGAAAUGCUGCACCUGGUUGUGGACCGUCUGAUCCUCUGGGUGCUCAGCUGCCAGCCAGUGCCUUGGCUCCCACUGGAGGUAAUCUUCCUGCCAGUCAACCCAUUCCCGGUGGUCAACUGGCUGUUCUGGGUAAUGGUCAGCGUCCUCCUUUGCGUCCAAGUGGAGGAGGUUAUGGAGGAGGAUAUGGCAACCGACUUAACUUUUUUGUGGAUCCUUCAUUAGCUGCUCAACUGGGAGCCAUUGGAAAUGCAGCAGCUGGAAAUCAACAGGCUAACGGAGGAGGAAAUCAACUGGCAGGAGGAGCGCAACUGGGAGCUGGUCAAGGAUUCGAUCCCUCUUUUGGAGCCCAAGCAGCUGGAGGAGCAGGUGCACCCUUUAAUCCAACUUUUGGAGCUAAUCAGGCACAAAGACCCCUGCAAAACCAAUAUGAUCCCAACUUGCAGCUGGGAGGACCCUUUGAUCCCUCCUUAGGAGCUCAACUGGGAGCUGGUCAGGGUGUUUCCAACCAGAGACCUUUUGAUCCUUCCUUUGGAGCUCAAUUGGGAGCAGGUCAAGGAGUUCCCAACCAGAGACCCACCAAUGGACAGGCACAGGCCCAGGCACCUUUCGAUCCUUCUCUAGGAGCUCAAUUAGGAGCUGCUCAGGGAGUUCCCAACCAGCGACCCAAUCCACCAGCAGGAGCUCAACUGGCUCAACAGGGAGCUUUCGAUCCAAAUCAGGGUCAGUUUGAUCCCUCCAUUGGAGCUCAAUUGGCGGCGGGACAAGUGCCGCGCCUCAACAAUAACCGACGUCAACCCAACCGAUCCAACUAUCAAGGUCUCAAUGUUCUAAAUGGCAAUGUUUUUGGUCAACCCCAUCUCCAGGGACCCGUGAAUGCUCUGGGAAACCAACAGGAUACCAACAUCAUCGAUGGCAAUUUUUAUAGCGACCCACAUCAUGGUCAUCAGAAGGCUCUCGUAUCGGUUAAUCCCAAUCAGCGAUCGGUUUUGAUACCCGAUGACGAUGAUGAUUCUGAUGAUGAUGGACAAGCGGGAGGUUUCCUGGGAUUUGCGGCCAGCAAUCGUCAGAGUUCUUAUGUAGUGGCUCCCAAGAAACAUCGUUCCCAUAGGAGUAACUCCAAGCGUAAGAUUGAAGACCUUGGAACCUCGGCCUCUGAAUACGAUACCGAUUAUCGUGAGGAUGGCUAUCACUACCAGAAGCCCAAGCAUUCCUUUGAAUUUUAA